AGGGUACUUCACCGGAUCCAAGCUAUUCAGGUUUUCCUCACUCCCUUUUAUCCGCUCUCUGUCUCCUCCCACAUAGACUUUAGUUGAAGUUUAAGGCCUUUCGAGUAGGUAUGGAAGUGGUUGCCCUCAGGUCAAUGGAGACGCAGAGACAACAGUCAUGGACUGAGACGCUUCUCUUCCUCGUUGGAAGGAAUCUGGCUUGUCUGCUCCUCGCGGCAGAAUCUUUGCUGAUAGGGUUGAUUACUGAAGAUCAGAGGCUUUCUGUGAAGGAGGGCUACAAAAAAGGACGCCGAGAUGAGGAAAACAAAGAUGCCAGUGACUCUGAUGAUGAUGACGAUGAUGAUGAAGACAACGUUGAUGAAGACGAUGAUGAUGAUGAUGAUGCUAAUGAUGAAGAUUUUUCAGGGGAUGAAGGAGAGGAAGGUGAUCCGGAGGAUGACCCCGUGACCAAUGGUGGAGGAGGUAAGGAUGAUAAUGACGAUGAUGAUAACGACGGUGAUGAGAGUGAAGAUGACGAUGAAGAUGAUGAUGAUGGAGAUGAGGACGACGAAGAUGAGGAUGAGGAUGAUGAGGAUGAAGAUGUCCGCCAGCCGCCUGCUAAGAAGAGAAAAUGAAACAUGAGAAAGAGGAGAGUGUUAAAGACUUGAAGAGGACCAUACGUGUGUGUUUAAGUAGUGUAGGGAAACUUAUGCUUCAUGUUGUGUACUAUCUGUUGUCGGGUGUGACUUUUCAACUUGGAUUUAGUUAUCUUCUCUGUGUAGACUGUUGGUCUCUUCUUUUUGUUUUUGCGUCUACCUAUGACUAUGAUUCGCCGUGCUUAACA